CAACGGAAUCCCGUAGUGCGUCAUUUGCACGUCCCGUCGACAAGAAAUGCCCUAUGAUUGGCCCGAGACCAGACGUCCCGCCCACCGUUCUGCCUCGAAUGGAAACGUGCCUCUGACGUCACGGUUACUCGCGUGUUCCCCUGGAAUAAAACCUGUCAGGGUGAGCCGAGAGGUUGUUCUUCAGCGGUAGACGCGGACGAAAACAAAGAGUUGCUGGUGCUGCUGUUGCGGUUCCGUUUUGCAGCCAUGACUUGCAUCCACCCCCUGCAGCACGGUUCCCAGCCCUACGACAACAACCUAGGCAGCUUGGAGCCUCACAGCCCGGACUUGUACUCCAGGCUGUUGGUGGAUCCAGCCGCCCCGCGGAACCACCCAUGCACCCCGUGCCUGCCCAGCGUCGGCACUCAGGCGGGCACUUUUGAUGCCUACACGUGCCCGACGAGCGCAGGCCAGGAGAGCCCGUUCAGGCUGGAUGAGCUCCAGGUUUACGGCUGCUACCCUGGCACCCUCAUGUUCACUUUCCCGGAUGAGACCGUCUCGUCUUGUGGCUCAAAUGAUUUCGCUGAAUCCAUCCCCAGCUUCCAAAAUCAGCAUACGCCCGCCUGGAACUCUUACUCACCUAGUCCAGGAUACUGGGCAGCUGAGGAGAUCCCAGCACCGCAUGUGCCGUCCUUCUUCACGUUUCCUGCGGGGACUGCAGACAAUGUAUCUCCUCUGGGGCAACCCCACCUCGAUGCUCUCGCCGAAGCGUCCUCACUUACCUUCCCUGCGCUGCCCAUGGAGCGGGCGUGCGGCCUGGAUGAAGCUGACCACUCGGAAGGGACUUUGCCACUGAAACUAAAAAGGCUGCGAGGGAACGUGGGCUGCUGCGCCGUCUGCGGGGACAGCGCCUCCUGCCAGCACUACGGCGUUCGCACCUGUGAGGGAUGCAAAGGCUUUUUCAAGCGGACGGUACAAAAGAAUUCCAAGUAUGUUUGCCUGACCAACAAGGACUGUCCCGUGGACAAGAGGAGGAGGAAUCGCUGCCAGUUCUGCCGAUUCCAAAAGUGUCUGGCUGUAGGAAUGGUCAAGGAAGUUGUGAGGACCGACAGCCUGAAGGGUCGCAGAGGUCGCCUGCCCUCCAAGCCAAAAGUAGUCCAGGAAGCGUCGCCCGCAGUGUCUCCAGUCAGCAUGAUCGCGUCUCUUGUGAGGGCUCAGAUCGACUCCAAUCCCAACGAAGAACACCUGAAUUAUUCCAAAUCCGAAGCAAUAGACAUCGGCGCAAACCAGAAAGAGGAGGCGAGUGACGUCAAAGAGUUCUACGACCUGCUGACAGCCUCCAUGGAGGUGAUCAGGAAGUGGGCCAAGAGCAUUCCGGGUUUCUCGGAUUUCUGCUCGCCAGAUCAAGAGCUGCUCCUGGAGUCAGCCUUUGUCGAACUCUUCAUCCUUCGUCUUGCGUACCGGUCAAACCCCGAAACGAACAAGUUGGUCUUCUGCAACGGCAAAGUGCUUCACAAAACGCAGUGCGUCAGAGGCUUCGGUGACUGGAUCGACUCCAUCUUGGAGUUUUCCCGAGGCCUCCAUCGCAUGAAACUUGACAUCUCCUCCUUCUCGUGCCUCACGGCACUGGUCAUCAUCACGGAGCGACAUGGUCUCAAAGAACCAAAACGCGUGGAGGACUUGCAGAAUCAGCUGGUUAACAGUCUUAAAGAUCACGUGUCGGACUGCCCGUCGUCGCGUCCCAACUAUUUGUCCAGAUUGCUCGGGAAGCUGCCUGAACUCAGGACGCUGUGCACUGAAGGCCUCCAGCGCAUCUUCUACCUUAAAUUGGAAGGUCUGGUCCCGCCGCCACCUAUUGUGGACACCAUUCUGAUGGAUUCCUUCCCAUUUUAAAUGGAAGGACUGAGACAGCACACGUGGAGUCAAAGACAAAGUGCGACCCUAAUUUGAGGGUUCUUUCUGAAUCAUGUUAUGUGAUGAGGGACAAUAAACAAAGCAGCUCACAGACCAAAGUGCUGACAGUUUUCCACUCAAGCUGCAAUGAAUGGAAUAUCUGAUGGAGGCAAGAUGGAAGGAUUGUCCGAACACUGACAAACCACACAUUGGGUUGCAAAAAUUCUGUGAAUUUUUCUAGUGGGAAACAUUCUAUGGAAACUAACAGGAAUUUAUGAGGAAAAUGGGAACAAAGCAGGAAUGAAAACAAAUUGAAGGAUCGUUCUCAAUGGGGAAUUUAAUUAGAGUUGGGGAAAAUAUCUUCUGAGUAUAAUCCUAUUUUAGGGCCGGUUCCCACAUAAAGAUAAUUUCUAUAAGAUGUGUGAUUUUCUCUGGAUAAUUUGCUCCAAAAGGAGUUGGACCGACAAUCUUAAAUAUAAAACGUGUUAAAUAUUUACGACCAAAAACCGUCAUGUGUGUGCGGAAAGCAGACUACUUACUGUACUGUGUCGGCAAGCAUAGCACCUUGCUGGAUGAACAGGAAAGUGGCAGUCAAUAAAACAAAAUACGUCCUACCCAUGUAGGCAACAAGAAUUUUCCAAAGCAAGACCUUUGUUGAUGACCGCGCUUUUUUUUUCAAUGCUCCCGCCUACCGUACUUUUAGGGAAAAACUUGGGGAACAUCGGCGCAUCAGCAGAACUGUCAUUUCAUUUUUGUAAGAUAACGUGAUCACACAAGAUUUCUGCCUCUGCCUGCUCGGAGUUUAGAUUAUUGGAACACAAAUACGACCAAAAUUGUUAAAUGUCUGAUUGUUUUUAACCUUCAUGUGAUCUUUUAAGAUUUGAAAAAUCCUUCUGUGACGACCAGGCCUAAAAAAAAACCCAACAGAUUUCAUGCUGAUGGCACCCUGAUUUAUGAGUGCCCCAAUUCUUGAGUAUUUCCAGUUGCUUUCUUGAAUUUGUGCUUUGUGUUGUGAGCCAAAAUUUGAGGUAUGAUUGUGCUUGGGAACUAAAUUGGAGCGGUGAAGGUACUGCAAUGCCCUCGCAUGUGGGCAAGGAGAGCUUGCUCUGUUUUGCAUGAGUGUCUGCUUUUGAUAACAUUUUUCCGCCCCCAAACCAAAACAACAACGGCACGUUUGUGGAACAUUGACAAUCAAAUCGCAUUCAAAGACAGCGGGCCUUUUUCAAUUAUUUAGAUUGGUCAAUAAUUUGUCAAUGAAAUAAAUAAAUAAACAUUGAAAGAGUUAAAACACUGAGGAGUUACCAAUGGUAUAGAUUUUUGAACAAAUAUGAAAUUUGCCAAAUUUGGACAUGGGAGAUUUUCGGCUCAUCACCCUCAAUUCCUAGUUACUUCCCAUAAUUCCCACAGAAAGUUUCCAGUAUUGCCAAAAAUCCUUUACAUUAAGUUCUCAUGAAUAUGUAAUGGAAAUGUACUGGAAAUUUUCCAGCCUUCUGCAACCUUGUGUUGACCUGUUUUUUUUUUUUUUUUUUUAAUGUAGCUUUUGUUGUUGGGACAAGU